AUGUUCACCAAAGAGAUGUUGACCGAGCAAUUCAAUCAAGUGUUGAUUAGCAAAGAUGGAGACAGUGGAAAAGACAUUGUUCCGUUGUCUACAUCAGAGGAUUCAAAGGUUAAUGCCGAACAAACGAAAAGGAAGGAGGGAAAGCGAAAGAAUGAAGAUACCAAGAAAAGACCGAUGAAGAAGAAAAAAGAGUUGGAGUGGAAACGAGAGAAUGGUGCGCAGCCAAUUGGCAAAUUGAUUAAGUCUACUGGUACUGGACUAAAGAAGAAAUCCCAUUACGAGAAGUUCGAGUUUCAUGGCAUAAAAUAUGAACUGGAGGAUUCAGUGUUACUGAUGGCAGAAUCCGCAGACCAAAAGCCCUAUGCCGCUAUCAUAAAGGACAUUUAUGCAAAAGGCAAAGAAGGAUAUGUGAAGCUUGUAGUGCAGUGGUUUUAUCGGCCAGGAGAUGUUGAGGAAGAAUAUCUCGGAAAAUGGGAAUCCAACGAUUCAAGGGACCUCUUCUACAGUUUCCAUCGCGAUGAAGUGUUUGCUGAAUCCGUGAAGCACAGUUGCAUUGUGCAUUUCGUGCCAGAGAAUAAUAAAUUCCUAGACCGUAGAGACCAUCCUAACUUUAUUGUGCAGAAUCUUUACGGUUUUGCUAAGAAGAAGCUGCGAAAGUUCACUGAUAAGGACUUUAACGAGCAGCAAAGACAAGAGAUUGAUAUUCUCUUGGCACAGACGAUGUCGCGAGUUGGCGAUCUUCCUGACAUUGAGAAGGAGCACAAGAAUAAGAAAUCGAGGGGUAAACAAGUUGUUCUUGAAAGGAUCACCAAGAAACCUAGGAGAUUGAGUCCUAUCUUGGAGAAAUUUGGUAUGUUAACCGGAAAUUUGGAUCGUGACAAUAGAUUAGAUAAGCUUCUAAAGGCGGUGCAGCGCAAGUGUCGUGUAACAAAGAAUAAACAAGCUGGUGAUUAUGAUUCUUUCUGGCCAGAUGAUGCCGUUCCUGUGGUGCGUGCUCUUGAGCAUGUCUUAUAUGAUUCUUUCGCAGAGGAUAUGCCAAAGUACAGUUACAUAUCGAAGAAGCUAGUUAAAAAACUCAAGCAAAGGGGUCAUACUUUCGACGAGAUAACAGCUGUCAUCGAAGAACCACAGCUGAAGAGAGAUGAUCCGUCCACUUCCGGUCCAAAAGUAUAA